GGGUUUUUAAGAUAACCUUUAGGCUUACUCUUAUCUCUCUGCCGUAUGUUCUAGGGUUUUCUGACGUCUCAAACACCAAACAUAGAUCUUUUACUUUUUCACUUGUAUUCACUUCCAUGGCUUUAACCAUACUCUAGGCGUCUCUUGGUUUCUGUUUUUUAAGUUAAAACAGACAAGCCAAAGUUUUGAAUAUCAUUUAUUCUUUGUGUUAAGAAAUGGCAACCAAGAACCCUUUCGAUCUCUUGGAUGAUGAUACUGAAGACCCAAGUUUGCUUAUUGCUGCUGCUGAGAAGCAGAAGCUUGAAAAGCCUAAGAAAGCUCCUGCUUCGGCCCCAGCUCAGGCUCAGCCGGCUAAGCUUCCCACCAAGCCACCGCCUCCUGCUCUAGCUGUGAGAGAGGCAAAGAAUGAGCCUGGACGUGGAGGAGGCCAUGGUAUUGGACGCGGUCGUGGACGUGGUGGCAGCGGUUACAAUCGUGAUUCCAAUGUUAGUGAUAGCUCCAAUGGAUUUUCAAGAGGGUACAGACCCUCUGAAGAGGGAGAAGGAGGGAAGCAGGCUGAAAGGCAUGGCUAUGGUGGGCCUCGAGGUUCUUUCCGUCGUGGUCGCCAUGGUGGUUUUAAUGAUGGAGAAUCUGGAGAAGGGGAACGCCUUCGCAGGCAGUAUGAUCGCCGUAGUGGGACUGGACGUGGGAAUGAGUUCAAGCGUGAUGGUGCUGGACGUGGUAAUUGGGGUAGUCCUACUGAUGAAGUUGCUCCGGAGACUGAAGAAAAUGUCCCUGAGAAUGAAAAGAAUGUGGGCACUGAGAAGCAGCCUGGAGAAGAAGAUGCUGUGGAUGCCAACAAGGAGAAUGCUGCAAAUGGAGCUGAGGAGAAGGAGCCUGAAAAUAAGGAGAUGACUUUGGAAGAAUAUGAGAGGAUUCUUGAGGAGAAGAGGAAAGCUUUGCUUGCCCUCAAGACUGAAGAAAGGAAAGUUGAUGUCAAAGAGUUUGAGUCCAUGCAACAACUUUCAAAUAAGAAGAGCAAUGAUGACAUCUUUAUCAAACUGGGUUCUGAAAAGGACAAGCGCAAAGAUGCUGAUAAAGAGGAAAAAGUCAAAAAGUCUGUCAGCAUCAAUGAGUUCCUGAAGCCAACUGAAGGGGAGAGGUACUAUGGGCCUGGGCGUGGUCGAGGCCGUGGCCGUGGUCCCAGGGGUGGAUAUGGAGGCAACGUAGCUAGCAAUGUGUCAGCCCCCUCAAUUGAAGAUCCUGGGCACUUCCCCUCUUUGGGUGGCAAGUGAGAUCCACCACAGCAAAUCUACACGAUGGUUUUCCCCUGCUUGGAAUUCAUUGUGAUCUAUUCAAUAGUCAGGAGUCAAAAACGUUUCCGAGAGGAAUCAUGAAUUUCCUUUAUCAGAAACCGUUUACUGUUUUUGAGUGUAAAUUUUAGAUAAUUUGCCCAUGGGUCUUCAGACUUAUGGUCUUUGCCUGACAUGCAUGCUUACCUCAUUUUUCUUUUCUUUUUUGGGUUAAAAUUAGAACACAGACAUGGGUAAUUGUUAUUCCGACUGAGAGUAGUGUCAUCAGUUUUGGUUCGGUGUAGGGUUAAAGAUGGCCUGUCUGAGACAUGGCAUUCAAGUUAUUUUAUCUUUUUAAUCUCUAUUUAUUUGACUGUUUGAUGCUUAAUGAAAAUUGGAGGCUUCAGGGUGGUUUUUUA